CUUGCCGCGCUUCCCCGUAUCGUCAGUCCGUCACAGAAAGCGACAAGGGUCGGGUGGGUCGAACAGUGAGCCGAGGGCCAGUGACGAAGCCCUAAGGUUACGAGAUCAGAUCUGAUGCGGUCGUGAUACCUUCGGACAUUUUCAAUUUCCCAUCGAUCUCUCCACGAUAACUAGUCGCCGGUAGUGAAACCGGUUGUUCAGUGCGAAUUCGCAGUACAAAAGAGACUUGUGAUAUUUUUCUAGAUUUUAAGUUCCGCAACGGAACACUUUAAUUUUUUGUAUUAAAAGUGUACAAUAUAAGCAAAGAUUUGGAAAACAUGGAGAUCCUGCCGGUCACCAACCAGUUUAAUGUCGGAUUCAAUAGUGAAAAAGCAUGGAACGGUCCGACCUGGAGGGAGGCGCCAGUGCCGGUCCCGACGGAAGCGGCGCUGGCUCAGAGGUUGGAAAGAGAGUUACGGGCCGCGAAAGGAGCCAGCGAACUAGCCGCGGCCGAAGUCUUGGUCCCGGCAGAACUGCUCUCCAGGGCUUCUAGACAAACUAUUGCCUUGGCAGAAGGCGAACCUUGCGGAUCCAGAGGGACGGCGCUCAUCGUCGACGUCGGGGGAAGAAGAUUAGCAGCUUUCAAAGUAGACCCCAGCACGGUCACGACGCAUGAAAUCCAUUUACAUCUGGAACACGACACGACGAACUGGACUAGCCUGUUGCCGCAAUUCUUAAAAAAUUUGACUCGAAGCGGCACCAUCAUAAUCAGCCCCCAGUUCACGAUAGAAAAGAAGAAAUUGUUUCGUGGCCAGGCCGAGUAAACCGCCUGUGAUACAAGCGCGUGACGAGCGAGCCGACUGACUGCCCUCCUCGAUCUACGUAUCGUUAUUUUAAAUAUCAAUAUUAUAUAUAUUAAUUAUUAUAUAUUUUAAUAAGAUAAAAAAGCACAGCGUGAUAUAAAAUGAUUAGUUAUAGAGUAAGCGCGCGGGAUCGCGUGCGAUUUUAGUUUGCGGCACACGGCGCGUCGUCGGCAGCUAGUGAUGCGACACGCCCUUUGUGUUGAUAAAGUGUCGAUGUUGCGUCGCUGGAGGCCGGCGACGCGGCGGGUGGCGCGUGCGACGGCGCGCGGCGGCGAGCGUCGAUCUCGACCCUUCUCCUUUAACCCUUCACUUCCCUCUGCCCACCGUAACGCCCGUCUCCUCGCGCCGCCUGUACUUAUGUUAAUCAUUGUUUGUAUUUUAUUAUUGGAUAUUUUAAUGAUUGUGAGUCUUGCUGGUUGAUGUGUGUGUGCCGUGGCGGCGCCCGGUGCGUACCCCUGAUCUCAGUCGCCGCCGCGCGUGUGAUACUGAUACCCUGAACGAUUUAGUCUUAGGUAUUAUUUUUUGUUUCGAGUUCAAUUCUAUUGUGAAGUUGUAGAAUUGUAUUUUCAUGUAUUGUAAUUGUAUUUAUUAGAGGCGACCUCUCGAGAGGUCGGAGAUAUGUGGACGUUUUUAAUUGUACUAAUUUGUACAUUUGUUUGUGAUAUUACGUUUACAAUGUGUAAGUAAAAUGAAAAAAUAAAAUGAUAAAAAAUAUACUUUUAUGGAUGUAAGAACUUGAAUGAGAGAUGUAUCUUAGAUUGCCGUAGGAGACGGUAGCAAUAAGUGAAGAGGCUAGCUUCGCUGGUCUCUCAGAAGAAAUCGAUCUCAGGAUAUAUUAUGAUAUAGUUAUAAAAAGUAUUAAGUUAUUUAAGUUAAUAUAAAUGUGUAAUUUUUGUAAUAUUUGUUUUCUAUCUCUGCGCAAAUUUGCGUACUGUGUGGUCCAGUGGUUGACCAGAGACUUGUACUAACAGUACAUAUAUUGACGAGUCAUGUUGCGAUCAAUGCAUUUUCUUAAUCCAGUGUAUUACUACCUUAAUGUAAAUCAAUAGACUAACAGUUUUUAAACGAAAUCUAAAUGUCUGUAGGGUCCAGUGUUUUAACGCACAAUAUCAUAGUACUAGAGUUCACUUUCAUCAGAAGAGAUUUUAAUAUGCUACAAGAACAUUUUACUUCUAACUUAAAAAAUAAAAUUGUCAAAAUUUACAAAAUUAACAAUAAUAAUAAUAAAUGUAUCAAUUGUUUGUUAUUGAUAUUUAUUUGAUAGAAAUUAAAAAAGGAAAUGUAGAAAUUAUUGAAGAAAAAAAAAAUUGAAUACAUAGUUUCAAUAAUGGA